UUAAUCAGUCCAAUCAAAAGUUUGAUGUGGCGGUGGUGAUUUUCACUUUUAGUCUGAUUUGUUUGUCAAACUCAUAUUUAUUGUCGAUGAAUGAUUAUUUUGAUUAUAUAACAUCAUGGAUGACUUCUGGACAGUGAUUCUCUUGUCUAUAGCCAUGUUAAUUGGCUGUUAUUUGGCUGGUUCCAUUCCAUUGGCGGUCUCUUUUUCCGAGGAAAAGUUGAAACUUGUGACGGUGCUUGGAGCUGGCUUGCUUGUCGGAACUGCAUUAUCUGUGAUCAUACCAGAAGGGGUGCACACUUUAUAUGAAACUAGGAAACAGGCAUUUCAUCUCCAUGAGGCUGCUGCUGCUGCUUCCAACCCUCUUGUGAAGAAAGAUGUCAAGGCAGAUGACCAUGGCCUUACACAUUCCCAUGACCAUAACGAUGCAGACCUUCAUAGUGUGAUCGGUGUGGCUCUUGUACUUGGCUUCGUCUUCAUGUUGCUGGUCGAUCAGAUCGGGGGUGGAUCACAUAGUCAUCAUGUCUCAGAUAGUGAAACUGGUACAACAAUACAGAGUCGAAGUAAAAUGACAGCUACCAUUGGUUUAGUAGUGCAUGCAGCAGCCGAUGGUGUUGCAUUGGGAGCUGCUGCAAGUAUGUCACAGGCUCAUGUUACGAUGAUAGUCUUCAUUGCGAUCAUGCUUCAUAAGGCACCAGCGGCAUUUGGAUUAGUAACGUUUUUACUUCAUGAUAAUUUUGAAAGAAACAGGAUACGUAGACAUCUGCUGGUAUUUUCACUAGCUGCUCCUGUGCUAGCUUUGAUAACAUUCUUUUGCCUAGGACAACAAAGUCAAGAAACGCUAUCUAAUAUAAACGCGACUGGAAUCGCUAUGUUAUUUAGUGCUGGCACCUUUCUUUAUGUCUCCACAGUCCACGUGCUUCCUGAGAUAGCUAGUAUGGGCAGUCAACCUACCACAGUUAAUGGAACUGUCAUUAUCAGGGAACAUAAGGGAUUCACGUGGUUAGAGUUGACUUUAUUGGUGAUUGGAUCAUUAGUACCUGUGCUGUUAUCACUUGGGCAUCAUCACUGAAGGAACAGAGCUGGAGGUAUUGAGAGAACUCAGAUACUCAGAGAGGGAGGAGUCUUUUUGUAGAAUUCAAGGUCUGAGAAGUGGACAUGGUGAAAAGGAUAAUAGGAGCUCGAAUAAUAGGAGCUAGAAUGUGCUCGGUCUUUGUUUGUUAGAAUUUAAAGUUUGAAUAUCAGAAUGAGACAUUUAAUGCAGGGUUACCCCGGACGUUGAAUUGGAUGAGUCCUGACUCCCAUGUUAGUCAUUGGCGAAAUCUGGUGGAUAUGACAAUAGAAAAGCUUAAAUCACCUCAAAUUGGCUGUUAUUGUUCAUUCUGGCCACCAUUUUUGGCCAUGGCCUGAUCCACUCAAUACAUACAUUGUAAGCAUUCAGGGAGGUAAUGAGCAAUGUGCAUUGAAAGGCCCUGAAAGAUCCAUUCAUAGUGUCUGAAAUCUGUCCUGUGGUUCAUGUUCAAUGUCUUUGGUACGUUGUAAUUGUAAAAUAUCUGCGUGACUGCAGAGAUAUCACUGUGGCAAUAAUGGCACUUGAAAUAGUUGUGACUGCUGAGUUAUAGAUAGUAUUAUAUGGCAUGAAUUCCAUGGAGUAUGUGGCAAUGUAGACGAUAAUCAUGUCACUAGAUUGACACCUCAUCGUCGCACACGAUAGCAGCGAGCAUGACAAAUGAGGCAAUUGGUCAUGCCUGCCAUUUGAUUAUGGAAAUGUCUUUAUGCUGAUUCAAUUUUAUCCUCUUCUUGAUUGUCGAAGUCACAUUGUGCAUGUCACAUGUCACAAUAGCAAGCGCUGAUUGGCCUAGAGAAUUAGUAAUGAUAACAUGCAUGUUACAUUAUCCUACAGUGGCAGGCAUAACCAAAACCAAUAAUCCCAUUUGUCCUCUGUUCUGCCUUCUUGUUGUGACAAUGGGGUACAAAUCUAGAUAUUCACAUACUUUAAAACACAAGCUAGAAAGUUGCAUGUCAAGUGGUGGGUAUUGUUCUUGUAGUAUUUGAGUGAUAUGUUUCCUCUCAAUUUACAUAACACGUAUCUAACCUGUAAUUCUUAUGUGGAUUAGUGAUCUUUUAAUUGAGUGACUAGUGCCUAAAAAUAUGAAUAACAGAAGAGUUCAUUACUCUCAAAGCACUAGUCAUGGUUAUGGUCAUGGUCACUGAGGUGGGUGGGGAUGGGUUGGUUCUGAUGGUUCUUCGAUCGUCAUUAUGAAAUCCUCCAGAAGGGGUUUGGUCAGUUAAGUAUAAGAUUGCAUUUGUUUCGACUUGUAACCGUCAAAUCAAUCAUAUCUCUCUGUGUGUACAAAACGGGGUUAAAGUGUGAUGAUUUGAAACGGCUAUUGGCUGGUGUCUGAGAAUUGAUAUUUAUGUGAGUUGAGAACCCAUGCAUGACAUGUUUAUUUGUACAUUAGCCGAAAACUUUGUGUAAUCUGUGCUACAUGUAUGUGGUUGAAAUUGAAAUGAUCAUAUCUUACUGAAGAAACAGUGCAGAUAGGAUGAGUGUGAGUACUAUGACUCUGAAGUACUACUUUUAUUUAAGUCCAAAAAGUUGAUAUUGUA